ACCACAUUGUGCACGAAAUAAUCGAAAAAGUUGGCAAGAAAAGUGCUUUUGCCUGCCAGUAUUUUUGUGUUAAUAAUCGUCUAAAUUUGUCAAGAUGCCACCCAAAAAGAAGGGCAGUAAAAAGAACCAGGAUUGGGACGAUGACGAACCCGAACAGCAGCAGCAGAAGGUGGUAGCCGAUCCACCAAAGUCGUCAGGCAAGAAGGGCAAAACGAAAGCUGUCAACGUGGAUUCCGACGAGGAUGUUCCAGCCAAGGGCAAAAAGGCUGCGGUUGCAGCCGCUCCAACUCCUGCCAAGAAAGGUGCAAAGGGUAAGAAAGGCAAAGGAAAGAAUGACGAUUGGAGCGGUGACGACGAUGAUAGUGGAAAGGAACAGCUGAAGCUAGGAAAGGGUACCGGCAGUGAUGGGGAGGAGGACGAUGAGGUGAAGAUUGCGAAACCAGCUCAGAAAAAGAAGCAAGCUGCCAAGGGGAAGAAGGGUAAGAAGGAUGACGAUUGGUCCGAUCGGGAAGAGAAGGAGAUCAAGCUGGAUGCGAGCUCGGACGAGGACGAAGAAGAGGAGGAAGUUAAGAUGGUGAACAACAAAGCGGGUAAGAAGAAGGGUAAGGCUGCGAAGGUGGUUAAGAAGGUUUCUUCGGAGGAGGAGGAUGAGGAAAGUGAAGAAGAGAGCGAGGAAGAACCGGUGCCCGUUCCGUUGAAAAGUGGAAAAGGAGCCAAGAAGGGUGCGAAGGAAAGUGAACCGGAACCACUGAAAGUUAAGGAACCUGAACCAGCGAAGGUUGAAGAACCUGAACCAGUAAAGGUUGUAGAACCUAAACCAGUGAAGGUUGAAGAACCUGAGCCAGAACCCGUGCCCGUUAAGAAGGAAUCGAAGAAGGAUGUCAAGAAGGAGAAGGUUCCAGAGCCUGUAGUUGAACCUGAACCAGUGCCGGAACCUACACCCCAAGACGAAAAGAAGGAAGAUGCAGCAGAAGAACUGACCGAUAUGGUUGAAGGAAUGGCCAUUGGCAAAGAGAAGAAACUCACGCAUAAGGAGAAAAAGAAACUGAAGCAGCAGGAAGAGUUUCAGAAGCAGAUGGAGGCCAUGACUCGCAAAGGAGGUCAGGGUCAUUCCGAUUUGGAUAGCAACUUUACAAUGUCCCAAGCGCAGAAGAGUGGCAACCAAAGUAAGCACUUGGAUCAUGCCGUCGACAUUAAGAUUGAGAAUUUCACCAUCUCAGCCAAGGGAAAUGACCUCUUUGUGAAUGCAAACUUGCUUAUUGCCCAUGGACGCCGUUACGGUUUGGUAGGCCCCAACGGUCAUGGUAAAACUACCCUGCUUCGUCACAUUGCUAACCGUGUGUUUGCGAUUCCUCCGAGCAUUGAUGUGCUUCUUUGUGAACAGGAAGUCGUCGCAGAUGAUACUUCCGCUGUCGAUACGGUUCUGAAGGCGGACGUCAAGAGAAUGACCCUUCUGAAGGAAUGCAAAGAACUCGAGGAUGCGGUGGAGUCUGGUAAGAUCGAAUUGCAAGAUCAGCUUCAGGAAGUGUACAACGAACUGAAGGCAAUUGGAGCGGAUUCAGCGGAACCACGAGCACGUCGUAUUCUGGCCGGUUUGGGUUUCUCCCGUUCCAUGCAGAAUCGUGCCACCAAGGCCUUCUCUGGAGGUUGGCGAAUGCGUGUUUCCCUCGCCAGAGCUCUCUUCAUUGAACCGACCCUGCUGAUGCUCGAUGAACCUACUAACCAUCUGGAUCUGAACGCCGUCAUUUGGUUGGACAAUUACCUGCAAACGUGGAAGAAGACCCUGCUGAUCGUAUCCCACGACCAGAGUUUCCUGGACAAUGUGUGCAACGAAAUCAUUCAUCUAGAUAACAGGAAGCUUUACUACUACAAGGGUAACUAUUCCAUGUUCAAGAAGAUGCACGUGCAGAAGCGCAGGGAAAUGAUUAAGGAAUACGAGAAGCAGGAGAAGCGCAUCAAAGACCUUAAGGCUCACGGACAAUCGAAAAAGGCAGCCGAAAAGAAGCAAAAGGAGAAUCUGACCCGCAAGCAGGAGAAGGGCAAGACAAAGGUUCAGAAAACGGAGGAUGAUGAUGGGCCGGUGGAGCUGCUAUCGAAACCUAAGGACUACAUUGUCAAGUUUAGUUUCCCGGAUCCACCACCGCUGCAGCCACCGAUUCUGGGAUUGCACAAUGUUAACUUCAACUUCCCUGGUCAGAAACCACUGUUCAUCGAAGCGGAUUUCGGCAUCGACAUGAACAGUCGUAUCGCCAUCGUGGGUCCCAACGGAGUGGGAAAAUCCACCUUCCUCAAGCUUCUGGUGAGCGACCUGGAACCGUGUACCGGCGAAGUCAGGAGUAACCAUCGCCUUCGGAUCGGUCGUUUCGAUCAGCAUUCCGGUGAACAUCUGACCGCGGAGGAAAGCCCUGUUGAAUAUUUGCAACGAUUAUUUAAUCUGCCGUACGAAAAGUCACGCAAAGCUCUUGGAACUUUCGGUUUAGCCAGUCAUGCCCACACGAUCAAGAUGAAGGAUCUUUCCGGUGGCCAAAAGGCUCGUGUCGCGUUGGCAGAACUGUGCCUAAACGCACCGGACGUGCUCAUUCUUGAUGAACCUACCAACAACUUGGAUAUCGAAUCGAUCGACGCCCUGGCGGAAGCAAUCAACGAGUACAAGGGAGGAGUCAUCAUCGUUUCCCACGACGAACGGCUCAUCCGAGAGACCGAAUGUUCCCUGUACGUAAUUGAGGAUCAAACCAUCAACGAGGUGGACGGAGGCUUUGACGACUAUCGAAAAGAAGUUCUGGACAGCCUGGGAGAGGUCAUCAACAACCCCAGCAUAUCGGCCAAUGCCGCCGUGCUGCAGUAAGCAAAACAUCAGCUAUUGUUAUACUCGUUCAUUACCCCUUAUCUAUCUAUUUUUUGUAUAAUUAAUU